UGGGCCUACUGUUUUUUCAUGGAAUCUGGGGUAUAUUAAAGUGUCUACAUUUAUGUUCCACUACAAAAGGUUGGUCUGACAGUAAGUUUUAGUCAUUUUCACAAUUUAUUUCUAUCUAAAAAUUUCCCCAUUUCACAUUUUGUUCUGAAUGUCUUAGUUUCUUUCUUCCUCCUACACAAUGCUGAAGGCAAGUGUAAAGCAAGAGUUGCAAAGUAACAGAGAAUUGGAGAAUCCUGGCUUCUUUUCAAAACAAAAUAAACCUUUAUUAUAAGAUUGUUUUUUAUUGAUACCCAAAAAAGGGCUUUUGGCAAGUGUUCAGUAAAUGUGUGAAUAACCUAAUUGAUUUAGCUGGAAUGAAUAGGAAGCUUUGCAAUUUGUCCUUGUAUUUGGCUCAGUAAACACACUGUGAUAGACUUGAUGGUCAAGGUUAAAAAUAAAAACUCACCAAACUUACAGAUCUAAAUAUUAGCAAAUCUGUGUCUCUCUGAGUUCCUUCAAAGAGAAAGUACAAUAUGUUAAUUGGAAUCUUGUUUAUUUCUACCAUAAAAAAUAAUCAUGUUAAUAUACAUAAGAUCCAAUGCUUCAGUAAUCAUUAAUGUUUGAAAAUAUUAAUAGAGGAGAUCCUUGAUAAGAAUUGUAACCUGUAUGAAAUUCAAAGAUAUGUGUAGAGAUUUAAACAUACUGUCGUAUACUCUAUAAUAAAGCUCCACAAAGGCAGGAGGCAUAAUUAGGACAAAUAAUUAAAAAUAACAGUAGAAACAAAUUAAGAACUUUUUAAAAACUCAUUAUUGUGUCACUAUUAUAUGAUUUGCAAUAGGAAAUCUCAGAAAAAUUCUAGGGGAAAAAGUGAUUUUUCCUGGUUUUAAUAUGGGAAUUAUAGAUUCAUUUAAUAUAGAAAUGUUUCUCAUUUAGUCUUUGUAUCUGUAACUCCUAGCACAGUACCUGACCCAUAGUAAUCACUCCAUGAAUGUUUACCGAACUAACUUCCAAUUUUAGAAAUUUCAGGAUGACAGUGUUAUUUUAGGGGGGUUUUAAAACCAUAUUCUCCCCACCCCAACCUUUAUAUCUCUCUUUUGAUACAGUUUCUCAGUUUUGAGUGUAAAGAAGACUUGUUGGUAUUUUUCAUCGAUCCAGCCUUAGCCUGAGCUGAAAUUACUUAAAAGGGAACUCAAUUUAGCAGCAUUCCUUCUUUUCAGGUAUCUGGAGUAUAAAAUAUAGAUUCUAAAUGACAUAAAUGGAAAGAGUCUGUUUUUAUCUGGUUGGAAGAACAUUAGUAAACUAAGAUGGAGAACCAGUUUGAAAAAAGAUCUAUUCCUGUUGAGUGGUCAUUCCCAACAGAUGUAGUUAGAGGGAAACUAAAAUCUGACUUUCAGAUGUUAACUGAGGCAACAACCUAUACUUUCCAAGUUAGAUCCAAUUUCAGGAACAAUAAAAUUGCAGUUGUUACAGUCAAGGUGUCAUAGGAACUAGAGCUUGAGAAAAAGUUAACAUUAAAUGAAUAUUUAUGCACAAGUCUUUGUAUGGACAGAUGUUUUUGUAUCUACUAGACAUAUACUUAGAAUGGCAUUCCUGGUUUGUAUGAUAACUUUGUGUUCAAUCCUCUAAGGAACUGCCAGACCAUUUUCCAAAAUGACUGAACUGUUUUACUUUCCUACCAGUAGCAAUUGAGGAUUCCAGCUUUUAUGCAUCCUUGCCAAUACUUGUCGUCUGUCUUUUUUAUUAUAGCCAUUUUAGUGGUUGUAAAGUAGUAUCUCAUUGUGGCUUUGAUUUACAUUUCCCUAAUGACAAAUGACAUGGGUAUUUUUCAUGUACUUGUUGGCCAUUUGUGUAUCUUCUUUGGAGAAAUGCGUAUUCAGAUCCUUUACCAAAUUUUAAUAUACCUGUAUCUAGGCAAAGAUGUAGAUAUAUCAGGUAUGUGAUUUGCUAAUAUGGUUUCCAAUUUUUAGUGUUUUAUCUAUGGCGGUAGUUUGGAUUAGCAAAGCCCACAAAGUGAGAGUGUGAACAGCCAGUUCAGGAAGGCAUGACCCAUGUGAUAAGCAAAAAGAAACAAAUCUUCAUGGUAUGCUUAUCACCAAACUAUUAUUGUCUAAUUUUCAGCUUUUUUAUGGUAUAAAAUUAUAACAAUGCACAGCAAAGAAUAGAGCUCAAGGUGAAUACUUGGCCAUCUCAUGUGAUGACAUUUACACAGUACAAGGUCCAAGUUACUUGUUGGGUAAUGGCUCUUUUCUUUAGUAUUGACUCCAAAACUAAUGAAACAAACUCUGUCAUAGAAGUCAAAAAGGUCUGUUAGCUAGCUCUUCUAUUUAGCCCUAUGACUUCAUCAAACAAGUUACCCUCUCUGGAAAUAGAAUUUCCUCAUCUAUAAAAUUAGGGAAUUGAAAGGAAAAUGGAUCAAGUUGAAUAGGAUAUUCUUUAAAGUUCUUUCCAGAUUAAAAAUGUGAUUAUGAUACAGUAAUACUGUGACUUUCUUCUUACUGCCCCUACCAAGGAAGAAUUAUGCCUUGUUGAAAAAUCUUUUCAAUGUCCCUCUUUCUCAGGAUUAGAAUUUGACAGAUUUGGCAAGUUAAAAACUGGUCCCAUGUAGAUAUUCAGUAAAUAUUUACUGUAGAAUAACCAAUGCCAUCUAUGAUAAUUUGCCAUACGGGUUAAGGGAACGUGACACAAGCGUCACCAGUGAGGUGGAACUAAAGGAUGAAACAGUUCACACACCUGCUGGGGGUGUGGCUAGAGGUAAAGAGACUGUGAGGAAUGAGUCCUUGAUUGCAUCCUUGGAAGUAUUCAGAGAUCAUUAGAGAAGGAGCAAGCUUUCAAAAGUCAGCUGUGUCUAAAGGUAAAAUCGAAACCUAGACUACAACUAAUAAGAAAAAAUACAGGACCAAAAGAAAAGAAGCAACUAAAAAGACCUAGAGAUUGUGAGGAAAUAAUGCAAAAGGUGUCCCAAGGCUCCUGAUCAGUGAACCAAGAUUUGAGAAAGACAGCCAAGCUCAUGUUUUCUCCUGAUCAAGAAAAUCAUCCAUCCAAAGCACCAGUAAAAUAUGGUGAACUCAUUGUCCUAGGGUAUAAUGGGUCUCUCCCAAAUGGCGAUAGAGGAAGGAGGAAAAGUAGGUUUGCUUUGUUUAAAAGACCUAAGGCAAAUGGGGUGAAGCCCAGCACUGUGCAUAUUGCUUGUACUCCUCAGGCUGCAAAGGCAAUAAGCAACAAGGACCAGCAUAGCAUAUCAUAUACCUUAUCUCGGGCACAGACAGUGGUGGUUGAAUACACUCAUGACAGCAACACUGAUAUGUUCCAGAUUGGUCGGUCAACUGAAAGUCCCAUUGACUUUGUAGUAACUGACACAGUUCCUGGAAGUCAAAGUAAUUCUGAUACACAGUCAGUGCAAAGCACUAUAUCAAGAUUUGCCUGUAGAAUCAUAUGUGAACGGAAUCCCCCCUUUACAGCACGGAUUUAUGCUGCAGGAUUUGACUCAUCAAAAAACAUCUUUCUUGGGGAGAAGGCUGCCAAAUGGAAGACAUCAGAUGGGCAGAUGGAUGGCUUGACCACUAAUGGUGUUCUUGUUAUGCAUCCACGCAAUGGGUUUACAGAAGACUCCAAGCCUGGAAUAUGGAGAGAAAUAUCAGUGUGUGGAAAUGUAUUCAGCCUACGUGAAACCAGAUCAGCUCAGCAGAGAGGAAAAAUGGUGGAAAUCGAGACCAAUCAGUUACAAGAUGGCUCAUUGAUUGACCUCUGUGGAGCAACAUUGCUGUGGCGUACUGCAGAAGGCCUGUCCCGCACUCCCACAGUGAAGCAUUUAGAAGCUUUGAGACAGGAAAUCAAUGCCGCGAGACCUCAGUGCCCUGUAGGGUUCAACACUCUAGCAUUUCCAAGUAUGAAGAGGAAAGAUGUUGUCGAUGAAAAACAACCAUGGGUCUAUCUAAACUGUGGCCACGUUCAUGGCUAUCAUAACUGGGGAAACAAAGAAGAACGUGAUGGAAAAGAUCGUGAAUGUCCUAUGUGUAGGUCUGUUGGUCCUUAUGUCCCUCUGUGGCUUGGAUGUGAAGCUGGAUUUUAUGUGGAUGCUGGCCCUCCAACCCAUGCGUUUAGCCCAUGUGGGCAUGUGUGUUCAGAAAAGACAACUGCCUACUGGUCCCAGAUCCCGCUUCCUCAUGGUACUCAUACUUUUCAUGCAGCGUGUCCCUUUUGUGCACAUCAAUUGGCUGGUGAACAAGGCUACAUCAGACUUAUUUUCCAAGGACCUCUAGACUAACAGACAGUUGUACUCCAAGACCACGUUAUAAAUUUAUAAGCUAAGUGAGUUGGGUUUUCCAACCUGUUGUCCACGUCACAGUUUCUCUGCUCUGGUCAUUUGCAUUAAGAUGAAGAAUUUUUUUAGACAUUUAUAAUAAAUAGUACAAUUUCUGAUCAAAAACCUGGGAAACUCAAACAAAGGAAUUUCUGAAAGUACCAGACUUCAGAAUUCCGAGUUUUGAAAAUAUAUUUUGAGGAAAAAAAGACAUAGUCUAAUUUGAUGCCUUCAUUGUAGUGUCUUUGAAUCACCCAUCCUCAGUGUUGAAAAAUGUUUUGUAUAACUGAGGGGACUGUUGGUUCAAACUAUGUUAGUUUACUGUUUGCUGCAAACAUUGUAAAAUACAGCAACAUGUAUAUUAACUUUUUUUUCUAUUUAUCUUUAUUAUAGAAAAUAUCUUAGAAUGUUCUUGGUAGAGUAGCAUGGUAAAUGAUGGUGUCACACUCUUGGUGUGAAUGGUAGUUUAGUGAGCAUAGCUCAAGGAUUUGCAAGGUUAGGAACAAGGACAAGAGAGCCUCUCUCCCAUCCCCAUCUAAAUAUGGAAUUUGGUAAAUUAAAAUACUUUGUAAAACCAAAUUCAUGUCAAUUACCAUUGUGUAAGAGGUGUUUGUUUUUAACCACAUUGAAGAUUAUCAGGAAAGAUUUUUUUCCUUAAUGUUUCUCUUAAGUAUAGUACUAUCACAAAAACUUAAUGCUAAGAAACAUUUUAUAUGCUCCUUUGAAUAUGCAAUUUAAUGUAGAUUAUCUAUUUUUCUCCCAUGAUAACUAAUCUGUUUUUAGUAUCAGCAACAUUUGGCAAGUUUGUUUUUUAGAUAUAAACUGUGGUUCAUCUGUUCACUGUUUUCUACAAAAAAAUUACUCCCAUGAGAAAAAGCAUAAAUUAACAAGAAAGGAGAGUGACUUGAUUUGCUUUAGAAAAAGAAAUGCUUAAUUAAUUAAUUAUUCUAUAUUUGGCCUUAUCCAGGCAUUAAGAAUACAGGUGAUUAAAGGGAUAACUGAAAAUAGUGCCCCCCUCCCCCCGCCAACCCUUUUUUUAACCUAGUAGAUAGGCCUUAACUAUGGGCUUGAAUCCUAAGGAGAGUUGCCACAGUGGGACCCAAGGAAAUGUUGGUUGGCACAUGAGCACAAGUGACAGCCAAGUGGGGGAAUGUACUUGCAUGGUCUGUUAAUUCUCUUAUUCCAGUAAGUUCUUAGCUUUCAGAAGCAAGAAAAUUGUUCUUCUUUCCCCAACCCCCACCCUCACUCUUUUUUCUUUUUUUGAUGCACCACAAGGAAAGUAUAGACAGUUGCACUACAUACAUCAAACCGUUUGUGACACUUGUAGAAAUCAAUACACUUUUAGAUUAGAAAGAAUAACUUUUUAAACUUUUGAUUUGUUUUCCUUUAGUUUAAAAAGUUGUAUGAUGCUUAAUUGACUAGCAAAUUUUUGUAUGUGGUAGCAUAGCUUUAAUUUAUCCUAUUACAGUGCUGUUCUGAAUUUUCUUUUGGCUUAGAAAAAAAACAAACCUUGUUGCUUAGAAGCCAUGAACUGUUUUAUUUUACUUCAACUUGUCAAAAUUUCCUUGUUUUUAAAAAUGAUCAUUUGGGUUCACUCAGGAAGUGCAUGUCAGGAAACUUGUAUUAUAAGUUUACCAGUUGUGAUGUAUCAGUAACUGCUGUUACCCUUUUUCAAAGAAAUAUAACUGAUUUUGAAGUUUUCUAGAUUGUCACAUGCCUUGUGACUAAUGCCAGGAAAUCAAGUCUUGUGUUGUAUUUGUUCUAGUCAUUUCUAUUCAAGCUAUAUAUUGUAGCUAAUUUUUAUUUGCAAUUAAUUUAUUCAAACUAAGUAAAUACUUUUCAAAAUAGAUACUAAAA